AUGGCAAGGAGAGUGUUUAAUUCUCCCGCCUAUGUGAAGCCUUGCGUCGUCGACGUAGCACAUAAAUUGUUAGGGUCUGACAACUGGGUCUUCCUGGAUGGAAAAGCCCACAUUGACUACCGGAAAGGGUUAAAUGGUCUAUUCACUAGAAAGGCGCUUCAGUCUUAUCUACCCGGUCAAGAGGAAGUAUAUUACGAUUACUUCAAGCGUUUUCUCCAGGUCACUAAGGACGCCGGCGACAAGCCCGUGCCAUUCAUGCAUGAAUUCCGCGAGCUGAUGUGCGCGGUAUCACUUCGGACGUUCUGUGGCCAUCACGUGUCCGACGAGACCGUAAAGAAAAUUGCCGAUGACUAUUACCUGAUCACAGCUGCUCUCGAGCUUGUAAACUUCCCUAUCAUAAUUCCCUUCACUAAGGCAUGGUACGGCAAGAAGGCCAGCGACAUGGUCAUGGUGGAGUUCUCCAAGGCCUCUGCCCAGAGCAAACAGCGUAUGGAAGCUGGGGAGGAACCGAGCUGUAUUAUGGACGCGUGGAUUCGAAACAUGGUGCUUUCGAAGAAGUGGCGUGAGGCUGAGGCGACAGGUGACUUCACGGACACUGAGGGCCUCGAGAAGCCGUCGCCACUUCUGAGGGAGUUUACCGACUACGAAAUCGCCCAAACCAUAUUUACGUUUUUGUUCGCCUCGCAGGAUGCGACAAGCAGCGCGUCUAUCUGGCUAUUCCAGACCGUGGCACAGAGACCAGAGAUUUUAGACAGAGUACGUGAAGAGAACCUGAAAGUCCGUCAAGGAGACAUUCAUGCUGCGGUUGACCUAGGUGCUAUGGUAGUCCCCACAACCUACCUCGCCCUUCGAGAUCCAGACGUCUACGAGAACCCAGAUGAGUUCGACCCGGAGCGCUACUAUACUGGCGACGCAGAGGUCAAAGGUGCAAAGAACUUUCUCGUCUUCGGCACCGGCCCACAUGUCUGCAUUGGGCAGCACUAUGCGCAGCUCAAUCUCGCGCUCUUGCUUGGAAAGGCGUCGUUGCUACUUGACUGGACACACCACCCGACGCCGCUAUCAGAGGAGAUCAAGGUGUUUGCAACCAUAUUUCCCAAGGAUGAUUGCCCGUUGACAUUCACCGAGAGGAUCUGA